UCUAAAAUUGUAGCCAUUAUUUGAUCGAUAAAGUUUAUCAAGUCAAUACAUUGAUAAUUUCCGUCGGUCCGUACAAGCCGCGAAACAUAGUGCGAGCAGGCUAUGCGCCGCUCACGGAGAGCGGGCUGGCGGGUCCAAUUAAGAAGGCUGUGGAGGCAGUGUAUGGAAACCGGCGAAGUCGAUGAGACAAUUUUGUCGCGCUUCUCGAGACCUCCGAACCCAUCCCGGCCGUCCACUGAGCCAUCGGCCAUCCUCAUCCCGACGCCGACCGUAACGAUCAUACCUAAGAUGGAGAUCUGUAUCGAUUCUUUAGAGUCCGCUAGAAACGCGAUAGAAGGUGGUGCCAACCGAUUGGAGGUUUGCUCGGCUCUCUCGGAGGGUGGUUUAACACCUAGUCCAGGUUUAAUUCAGCAAAUUAAAAGUUUCACGACGAUUCCGCUAUAUGCUAUGAUCCGCAUUCGCUGCGGUGAUUUCGUCUACAGCCCCGAAGAGAUCGACGCUAUGCUGUAUGAUUUGAAAAUUCUCAAGGAUCAUCACGUAAACGGAUUUGUCUUUGGCGCCUUGACUCCCGAUUGCGAGAUUGACGUUGUUACAUGCGAGAAGAUUAUUUCUGCCGCUUGUCCCUUGCCGGUGACAUUCAAUCGCGCCUUUGAUCUGACGAAUGAUCCGGUCAAAUCGAUGGAACUCCUUGCUGAUCUUGGUUUUGAGAGAAUUCUAACUUCAGGACAGAAAAAUACUGCUCUGGAAGGAUUAGAGCUGAUAAAAUUAUUAGUACAAAAGGCUCAAAAAUUAAUAAUUAUGCCCGGAGCUGGUAUCACAAAAGAUAGCAUUUGUAAAAUCAUGGAAUCUGGUGCCAAAGAAUUUCAUGCGUCAGCAAAGAAAAGGAAAAUGGUAGUCUAUGGAGCGAACAGAAUCAAAAUGGGUAUCAAUGAGAACGAUUUUGUUAACGUGACAGAUAAGGAACUGGUGAAAGAAUUAGUUGAGAUUAUUAAAAAUAAAAAUAUACUACGUGAAAAUUAACUGAACUCGAAGCUAUUGAAUUAUUAUCUAUUCAGUUUUUUUAUGUAAUUAACAUCUAAAUAAUAUAUUUAAGAACAA